AUGGACACUAGCUCUGAAGUCACCACCAAGGACUUAAAGGAGAUGAAGGAAGUUGUGGAGGGGGCAGAGAAUGGAAGAGUUGUCCCUGCUAAUGGGAAUGCUGAUGAGGAAAAUGGGAAACAGGAGGCUGACAAUGAGGUAGAUGAAGAAGAGAAAGAGGGUGGUGAGGAAGAGGAGGAGAAGGAGGAAGGUGACGGUGAGGAAGAGGAUGGAGAUGAAGAUGAGGAGGCUGAGGCAGCCACGGGCAAAGGGGCAGCUGAAGAUGACGAGGAUGAUGUUGAUACCAAGAAGCAGAAGACCGAUGAGGAUGACUAGACAGCAAAAAAAGGAAAAGUUAAAUGAAAAAUAAAAGGCCACCGUGACCUAUUCACUCUCCA